CGCACAGAGAAAAAAAUACAACAAGAAGGAAGAAUCGAUUGUUCAGGGAAAAGGUAUGCGAUAUAAUCCUCUAUCUAGAUCUGAUAGUUUUUGUUUGUGGGGAAAUAUGAUGCUUUCAGUCAUUGCGAGUCUAUUUCUGUGGUAGAGGAUGAGAAGCCAUUAUUUAGAGGAAGAGGAGGCGGCCUUAGAGUUGAACAAAGUCAUUAGGAGUUUCGAUCCCCCGACGAAUUAUAUUUCAAACACUAUCAUGGCGGAGAAAGGAGGGGGAAAGGGUUUCAGCUCGAGUAAUUCUUAUAGUAACAGUAAUAGCAACAGCAAUAGUAAUGAUAGCAAUAGCAGUGGUAGUAUUGGUAAUGAUCCUGCCAGCACAGUGGCGCAGGAGCCAUGGCUGCCUCAGCAGCAGGGCGUGGUGCCAUUUCAGGAGGGCUCGUCUUCCUCAUCAUGUUCGUCUGAGAAGGCAACGCCCCUUGCUGCUGAUGGUGAAUCGGAGGACUCCGAGCUGUUCUCUGACAUAGUUUUGAAGUAUAUCAAUGAUAUGCUUAUGAAUGAAGAUAUGGAGGACAGGAAGUGCAUGUACCAGGAGUGCAGUGCUCUGCAAGCUACUGCCAAACCUUUUUAUGAUAUUCUAGGUGAGAAUUACCCUCCCCAUCCCUCAGAGCCUUCUUUUUCACAGAAUCAACUUUAUAAUGAGGGAUUAGGUGUUGAUGACAUUAGGAACAAUGGGAUUGAAGACAGGGGCUUUAUUGGGAACCUUUUUGAUAUUUCAAGGGGUUUGGAGUCUCCUGUGUCUGCGAAUUUUUCAACAGACUACUCUUCUCAGCUGUCCUUUAGUUCAUCUGGCAGCAGUACUGUUAUGGACGGCUUUCCUGAAUCUCCGAUUUAUGAGAUGAGUCUUCCUGAACUGUUUUCAGAGACUGAACAGAGCUUUGGCAGUGUCAGCAGGGAGGUUGAGGAUGCUCUUUAUUCUUAUCAGUUGGCCAGGGAAAAUAAUGUUGACAGAGAGUUCAAUGAGGCUUUUUAUAUUAACCAGGUGAUGGCCAGGGAAAAUAAUUUGGGAGCUCGGUUAGGGAAGGAGAGGUUUUGGCGAGUGCCAAAGCAGGAGAGUGACUUUGAGUUCAAACUGGAGAAGAUAGAAGAAGGCGGGAGUGGGGGUGUGGGUGAGGGUGUUGGUGUAACCACUCAACAGAAUAUCGGGGUGCACAGUGAUGAUGCGAAUGGAUCAAAGCAGCAGCGGCAUAAGAAUCCUCACCGUGAGGAUUUAGACCUAGAAGAUAGGCAGAGCAACAAGCAUUCUGCUGUUUUUCCAGAACAUGUGAUUAGGACUGAAAAGUUUGACGAAGUAUUGCUCUGUCAGGGGAAGAAUGGUAGAAAUUUCUCUGUUAUACAGAAGGAAGUGUUGCAGAAUGGAGUGCAGAAGAGCCCUCAGGAUGGGUCUGUGAAAGGGGGUACACAGAGUGGCAAGUCUCGUGGGAAGAAGCAAGGGAAGAAGGAAGUGGUGGAUUUAAGAACACUUCUUGUUCAUUGUGCACAGGCAGUGGCAACAGAUGAUAAUCGAGGGGCCAAUGAGAUCUUGAAGCAGAUCAGGCAACAUGCAUCUCCUCAUGGAGAUGGGUCACAGCGCUUGGCCCAUUACUUUGUAGAGAGCUUGGAGGCACGGUUAUCUGGAACUGGUGGGCGUUUGUAUACCAUUGUUUCAAGCAACAGGCCGUCAGCAGCAGAGAUUUUGAAGGCAUAUCAUCUCUACUUAGCUGCCACUCCUUUCAAAAAAAUAUCACAUUUUCUUUCAAACCAGACUAUUCUGCGAUUAGCAGAGAAUGCAACAAGGUUGCACAUUGUGGAUUUUGGAGUGCUCUAUGGCUUUCAGUGGCCAUGUCUAAUUCAAAAUUUGGCCAACCGUCCUGGUGGGCCUCCCAAGCUCCGUAUAACUGGGAUUGAUUUUCCUCAACCUGGAUUCAGGCCAGCAGAGAGAAUUGAAGAGACAGGGCGGCGUCUCGCUGAUUAUGCUAAGUCCUUUGGUGUGCCCUUUGAAUACCAAGCCAUAGCAGCCAAGUGGGAGAACUUGGAUAUAGCAGAUCUUAACUUGAGGAGUGAUGAGUUGCUCGUAGUAAACUGCAUGUACAGGCUACGGAAUUUGAUGGAUGAGACAGUGAUUGUGGAGAGCCCAAGGAAUAUUGUGUUGAACAAGAUUAGGAGCAUGAAUCCUAGUCUCUAUAUACAAGGUGUGGUGAAUGGGGCGUACAGUGCUCCUUUUUUUAUUACAAGGUUCCGAGAGGCGCUUUUUCAUUAUUCUGCUCUAUUUGAUGCACUUGAAACCACCAUACCCCGUGACCAUCCUGAGAGGAUUUGUUUAGAGAAAGAACUUUUGGGCCGGGAAAUAUUGAAUGUUGUUGCUUGUGAGGGAUUGGAGAGAGUAGAGAGACCAGAAACAUACAAACAGUGGCAGGUCAGGACUAAGAGAGCUGGAUUUGUUCAACUUCCGCUGAAUCGUAGCAUCUUUUCCAAAGCCAGGGAAAAAUUGAAAUCCUUAUACCAUAAGGACUUUGGAGUGGAUGAAGAUGGUAAUUGGUUGCUGUUAGGCUGGAAGGGACGGAUUAUUAUGGCCAUUUCUACAUGGAGACCUUAAUCAUGAAGAUUAUUUGUUGAUGGAUGGUUCUUUUCUCUCUGCAAUCCUUUCAUCUUGAGAGACCUUUUUGAUUUUCUGAAGACAAGCAUCAGAUUUUCAACUUCAGGAAAUGCUUAGGACUAGGAAAACUUUGAAGGUAUUUUUAGAAGAAAUGAUCUUUUUGUUCUAAUCAGAGCUUUAGAAAGAUGAUUGCCAAUUAGUCGAGCCUUGAGAGUAGAUGUGACUUAGCGUACAAGAUUAUUUUGGCAUUAUUCAAACAUGAGGAAGGAUACUUGAUUGCGACUGGGAUUCUCCUCAAGCAUACAAACUGGAUCCUUUGCAGCCAGGACAAGAAUCCAAUCAACAUUAACUUUGUUGGUGGCCUCCAUUCCAGUAAUCAGAUACAUACACUCUAUGUAAGAUAAGGUUUGCAGGACCUACUAUCCAAUUCUGCACCACCUUUUGUUGCCCCAUCAAACUUUCAUUCAGUCUGCUUGAAUGCCUUUGAAUGUCAAGGGAAGCUUGCAACUUCUAUGGAAGGUGUCUUAAGAGUUGUAACCUGGCACUUCUGCUUGUCUUAUGAGAUCAAUUUAUUAUGUUGUUAAUUGCA